UCUCGCGAGAUUCUCACGCACGGGGCCCGGAAUAGCCAGGAUUUCUCGGAGCCCAGAACCGCGAGCUACCUGAUCCGGGGCAGCAGCACUUCCGGGUGGACCCUGGGGAGCGGCAGUAGCUGUAGCGGCGUCGGGAGAGGGAGCGGCCUGAGGCUAGAGGCUCCGUGCCAUCGAGGGGAACCGUCAGUGACUUAGGCAGUGGUAGUGACUUGUGGUCAGCAUGUCUGCCUUCCGAUCCGGCCUCUUGGUACUGACAUCCCCGUUGGCAGCCCUGACCCCACGCCUGGCACCCAUUCUGACAUCUGCAGCUCGGCUGGUGGAACAGACCCUGUACGUCCACCUGCAGCCUGGCCUCAGCCUGGGUGGGCCAGCCCAGCCUCACUCUAGCCACGUUCAGGCCACUGUGGAGGUCAUCAAUCUCAUCACUGGCCUCUAUGCUCGUGCUGAUGCCCAUAGGCACUUGGACAUCCGAAUCCUGCUGACCAACAUCCUUACCAAGAACCCAACCCCACCACCUUCACUUGGCUCUGUGCAGAACCUAGCCCACCCUCCUGAAGUGGUGUUGACAGACUUCCAGACCCUUGAUGGGGGCCAGUUCAACCCAGUCAAGCAACAGCUAGAGCGGUAUGCCACCAGCUGUUACAGCUGCUGCCCUCAGCUGGUCUCUGUGUUGCUGUACCCAGAGUAUGAUCCAGGAGAUACUUCCACAGAUCCAUCAGUGGUACCCCAUUCCUCUGCUCUUUGGUCAGCCUCCCAUGCUACAUCUCCCAAACACCUCCUACAGGGCUACAACCAUGUGGUAGUAGGGGGAACAUUUGACCAUCUGCACAAUGCCCACAAGUUGCUGCUUACGGUUGCCUGCCUCCUAGCCCAUAAGAGGCUCGUGGUUGGAGUAGCAGACAAAUACUUGUUGGAAAAUAAAGUGCUCCCGGAGUUAAUCCAACCAUAUACAGAUAGGGUGAAACAUCUGAGUGAGUUCCUGGUGGACAUGAAGCCAUCCUUGGUCUUUGAUAUAGUCCGCCUCCUAGAUUUCUACGGUCCAGCUGGCACAGAUCCUUCCUUGGAGUGCUUGGUGGUUAGCGAGGAGACUUACCGUGGGGGGUUGGCUGUCAACUGCCGACGCCUUGAGAAUGGCCUGGAAGAGCUGGCUUUGUAUCAGAUUGUGUUGCUGAAGAACCCAGAACACAGUGAGAAUGAAGAAGACAAAGUUAGCUCCUCCAGCUUCCGUCAUCAAAUGCUGGGAACUCUCCUUCAGCCACCCAAUAAGAGACCAGACCUCCCCUCCAGUGUCUAUGUAGUGGGGCUGACAGGGCCAAGUGGCUCAGGCAAGAGUUCAGUGGCUCGGUUACUGCAAGACCUGGGGGCAAAGGUCAUUGAUAGUGACCAGCUGGGACAUCAGGCCUAUGCACCAGAUGGCCCUGCCUACCAAACUGUGAUAGAGGCCUUUGGAACUGAUAUUCUCCAUGAAGAUGGCACCAUCAACAGAAAGAUUCUAAGCAGUCGAGUGUUUGGGAACAAGAAACAGCUGAAGAAACUCACAGACAUUGUGUGGCCAGUCAUUGCCAAGAUGAGCCAAGAGGAGAUCAACAAAGCUGCAGCUGAGGGGAACACCAUAUGCGUGAUUGACGCGGCCUUGCUGCUGGAAGCCGGCUGGAACAACAUGGUCCAUGAAGUGUGGACAGUCAUUGUCCCAGAGAAAGAGGCACUACGGCGAAUCAUGGAGCGUGACGGUCUGAGUGAAGCUGCUGCCCAGAGCCGCCUACAGAACCAAAUGAGUAAUCAGCAGUAUGUGGACCAGAGUCAUGUGGUGUUGAGUACACUCUGGGAGAAACAUAUUACCCGAAGACAGGUGGAAAAAGCCUGGACUCUUCUGCAGGAGCGAAUCAAGAGCCAGUAAUUCACUCGUGGAGGCUGCUCGAUCUGAUCCCUGAUUAAUGAUGAUUGAUGAAUGAUGAA